ACGCGAGCAGACAGGAGCAGCCAGCUGGCCGGCGUUGAUCCUCAAGUGUGACAGGAACCGAAAGUUCGAUAUGGGUGAAUUUCUAGAGCUGGGUCGGAGUUUUCUGGCGCAAGCCGCUGAAAACGCAUCGGAUACGGAGAAAGUGAAGUACCAGGCGACGACAGCCGGUCUCGUCACAGCCUACUGCAGCAUCCUCAUCAUGUCUGUGAUACCGAUCAUCUUCGGAAGUUUCAGUUCGGCCCAACAGCAGAAAAAUCAGAAAGCCAAUGGAGAACAAACCGAAACGAUGUCGACGAAGGACGCGAUGAUGUUUCCGCUGAUCGCGUCGUGUGCUCUUUUCGGUUUAUACGUGGUUUUUAAGAUUUUCGGCAAGGAACACGUCAAUAUGUUGCUCACGCUUUACUUCUUCCUGAUCGGAGUCCUCGCCCUGGCCGCGACGAUCAGCCCAGUUCUGCGGAAAAUCGUUCCCCAAGACCUCAUCAAGAACGACGAGUACCACACGUCAAUGAGGCGGACGACGGCGAACAGCAUGAUUUUCGAUUUGAAGUUCGAUCAUUACGACAUUCUCGGAAUCGGGAUCGCAGCCGUCUUCGGCGGCUGGUAUCUCGUGAAGAAGCAUUGGAUCGCCAAUAAUUUGUUCGGACUCGCCUUCGCUCAUAACGGUAUCACGUUAUUGCAUCUGAACUCCGUAGCCACCGGAUGCAUCCUCCUUGGCGGGCUUUUCGUCUAUGACGUGUUCUGGGUGUUCGGGACCGACGUCAUGGUGACUGUUGCGAAGAGUUUCGAGGCCCCCAUCAAACUUGUCUUCCCUCAGGACUUCCUCGAGAACGGCGUCUGGGGCAAGCACUUCGCCAUGCUCGGAUUGGGCGAUAUUGUCAUCCCAGGAAUUUUCAUCGCCCUGUUGCUCCGUUACGAUCUCAGCAAAGGAACCGACUCUAAGCUUUACUUCAGCCUCUCGUUUGCCGCUUACGUUCUCGGCCUGAUUCUGACGGUGAUUGUAAUGACGGUGUUCAAGCACGCCCAGCCCGCGCUUCUGUAUCUUGUACCCCUCUGCGUCGGCGUUCCGCUGUUCGUUGCUCUGGUCAAGGGUGAAAUCAAACCGUUGUUCUUGUACCGAGAUACCCCAGAUGAGGGCGACGAUGAAGAACAAGAACACGCGAAGGCAAGCUCAGCGAAGAAAGUCGACGGUGACAAGAAGGAGGGCGUCGCAACGCGGUCGAGAGCGAAGAAAGACUGAUUUGAAGUCUGCGAUCAAUUGUUCCCGACGAGUUUUCACUGUACAUACGCAUUCGGAGUCAAGUCAGUCUCCUCCGGAGGGAUGGUCGAAGACUUGAUUGGUGACGGUUACGUGGCUCAAGUCGAAAGUCCACUGAUAGCCGUCAUUUUGGAAAUGUUUCAAAUUAUUCGAAUUUGGUCAAAGCCGGGGAGAACAUUCCGGAGAAACGCUGCCUCACUUAGUCCCAAUGCAAAGAGCUUCAACGAUCAAUUUAUCGAAGGGUCCAACAACGAUAUAGGCGGUCGUCGGGCAUGUCUCCAAUUUUUCAUUAGUUUCUCCGGCGUACUCGUGAGUCAUUGAGUGCGCCAAAUCCUGCUAUCAGUAGACUUCGCGGUACGAGUUGAAUGAUGAUUGGCUUAGUUUCUUCGAGUUUAGAUGUUGAUACGUAAAUAAAGUAUGAUGCUGGCAUAUGCGCGCCACCUUUGUCGAGUA